CAAUCACAGCCCUGAGUCAUCAGCAAGCAUAGACAAAAACAACUAAAACGCAGCUCGAUCUCCCUCUCUCUACUCUUCGAACCACGGCAUACCAGAUACCCAGAUUGUCUACGAUACAGCGAAACCUUCACCAUGGCUGACGCGGUCGCCGAAGCGGUGGCCAAGCUCGUGCUUGACGACGAGACGGGCGAAAUGGUCACCAAGAACGAGCUCAAGAAGCGCAUCCAGAAGCGAGCCAGGAAGGCCGCUGCAGCAGCAAAUCGCAGCAACGCCCAGCAGGAGAAGGGCAACAAGCCGGCGGCAAACAAGCCUGCUGCCAAGCCCGAGGAGCGCGUGAUUGAUCCGGACGCCAUGUUCAAGCAGGGAUUCCUUGGCGACGUUUUCAAGCUGCGACCUGAAGAGUCGGUGGUGACGCGAUUCCCUCCCGAACCGAAUGGAUACCUCCAUCUUGGUCAUGCCAAGGCAAUUGCUGUCAACUUUGGCUUUGCCAAGUAUCACGGCGGUAGAACUCAACAACAACUUGAUGGACAAAUCAACUACAUUCCCACUGACGUAGCCGAUUCUAGAUUCGACGACACGAAUCCCGAUGCUGAGAAGGGAGAAUACUUCGUCGCCAUCGAGGACACAAUCCGAUGGCUGGGGUUCACUCCCAGUGAAAUCACCUAUGCUUCCGACAACUACCAGCGCAUGUACGAUCUUGCCGAGGAAUUGAUCAAGAUGGAGAAGGCCUACGUGUGCCAUUGCGACGAUGUCGAGACCAAGAAACAGCGCGGUGGCGAGGACGGCUUGUUCCCAAGAUAUCGAUGCGAGCAUGCGAAGCAAGACGUUGAGACCAACCUCAAGAAGUUCCGUGGCAUGCGAGAUGGAGAAUACGCCCCGAGGAGCGCUUGGCUUCGCAUGAAGCAGGAUAUUGAGAACAACCCGAACCCUCAGAUGUGGGAUCUCGCCGCCUACCGAAUCCCCAAGGACCAGGAGCCUCACUUCCGCACAGGCACCAAGUGGCGGAUAUACCCUACCUACGAUUUCGCACACUGCCUAUGCGACAGCUUUGAGGGAAUCACACACAGUCUGUGUACCACCGAGUUCAUCAUGUCACGAGAGAGUUACGAGUGGCUAAACAAGCUCCUGGUGGAGUUCCAGCCCAUGCAGCGCGAGUACGGCCGCUUGAACCUCAGUGGAACAAUCAUGAGCAAGAGAGGCCUGAGAACAUUGAUUGAGAACAACGUUGUUCGUGGAUGGGACGACCCUCGUUUGUAUACCAUCAAAGGCAUCCGACGACGAGGCAUCCCCCCGGGUGCGCUCCUUUCCUUCAUCUAUGAGCUUGGUGUCACCACCUCCAUCACCCAGGUCAGCAUCAAACGCUUUGAGCAGUCUAUCCGCGUGUAUCUCGAAAAGACUGUUCCCCGCCUCAUGCUUGUCCUGGACCCUGUCCCGGUAGUAAUCGAAGAUGGCGAAGAGCAAGACCUCGAUAUUCCCUUCUCUCCCAAAGACCCCAAGCUGGGAUCCCACACCAUUCGCCUCACCAAGACCGUCUACAUCGACCGCUCAGAUUUCCGCGAGGUUGACAGCAAAGACUACUUCCGCCUCGCCCCAGGCAAGACUGUUGGUCUUUUGAACGUGCCUUACCCCAUCAAGGCUGUCUCCUUCACCAAGGACGAAACCACGGGCGCGAUUAAGGAGAUCAAGGCCGUUUACGACAAGGAGGGCAAGAAGCCCAAGACUUAUAUCCAGUGGGUACCCGAAGGCUCGCUCCCCGCCGAAGUGCGCAUCCAUGAGGCCCUCUUCAAGUCAGACAGCCCUGGCUCCGCUCCUGGAGGACUCUUGAGCGAUGUCAACCCUAACAGCGAGACCAUCUGGCCAAACGCAUUGAUUGAGACUGGCUUCCAUGAGGUGAAGCGACGCGCACCGUGGCCUGAGGCCGAGGGUGAGAAGACGGGCGAGUUCCACCCUGAGACUGUUCGAUUCCAGGCCAUGCGUGUUGCUUAUUUCGCUCUUGAUUCAGACAGCACUGACGAAAAGAUUGUGCUUAACCGUAUUGUGCCGUUGAAGGAGGAUUCCGGCAAGAGCAGCUAGAUUUGUAGAAAGUGAUAUCCAUCAAAUAAAUCACUGUAUCAAAGCG